AUGGAUAUUAAUACAGUUUAUCAAUUAUUUGGUGCAACUUUUCAUUCAGAUCGGAGUAUACAAAAACAAGCAGAAUUACAACUUAAACAGUUAGAAUUUCAACCUGGAUUUGUUUCAGUACUUCUUCAAAUUUUGAAUUCAAAAGAUUUAGAAAAUGGAACAAAACAAGCAGUCUCGAUAUAUCUAAAGAACAUGGUUAGACAUUCAUGGCAUAACAAUGUCAGUCAUGAUGAUACAUUUUUUUCAAUUGCUGCACAAGAUAAGGAAACAUUUAAGUUGAAUAUUUUAAAUAUUUUGGCAAUAUCACCAAACCUUGUCAGAAUACAACUUAUUGAUUGUUUGAAAAAAGUUUUGAUAGCUGAGUAUCCUUUAAAAUGGCCAAGUUAUAUGAAUCAAGUCCGCGAACUUUUGGUGAUUAAUAAUCCAGAAGUUGUUUACGUUGGAUUAGUAGCAUUACAACAAGUUGUUAAUGUAUAUCAAUGGAAAUCAGGAGAAGACAGAGAACCUUUAAAUGAAAUUAUCAAAAAUACAUUUGGAAUUAUUAUACAUAUUGCUCAAGGCUUAAUAAAUGAAACAAAUCUUGUUGCAGCUGAAAUGUUAAGAAUUAUAAUUAAGACUUAUAAUUCAUCGGUGUAUUUUGAUUUUCCAGAUAUUCUAAGAGAAAAUGAGAACUUUUUACCGUGGUUUAAUCUGUUAAUAAAUUUAACAAUUAAAGAUAUUCCAAAUGAUAUCAUCCCGGUGGAUUUAGAGGAAAGACAAAAAUUUAUUUGGUAUAGGGUUAAAAGAUGGUGUUUUCAAACCUUGAAUAGAAUAUUCAGUAAAUUUGGAAAUCCAAUUCAAAUUCCAUCAUCUUCCUCGUCAAAAUAUUUAAAAUUUUCCGAGAAUUUUAUUAAAAAUUAUGCUCCAGAAGUUUUGCAAAAAUAUUUGGAAAUAACUGAGAGAUGGAUUAAAAAAGAAAUUUGGUUAAAUAAUAAAAUAUUAUAUUUCAUAUCAGAUUUCUAUAAGGACGCCCUUACUAAUAAAAUAACUUGGCAUAUAAUGAAACCAUAUUGUUUAACGUUGGCUACUCAAUUUAUUUUUCCUCAACUAUGUUUUUCUGACGAAGAUGAACAAUUAUGGACAGAUGAUCCAGUUGAAUACAUUUUCAAAAGGGUUGAUCCAUUGGAUGAUUUCAACUCACCAAUGACAUCUGUUACUAAUUUUUUAAUUGAUUUAGUAAAAUAUAGGAAAAAAUUUAUAUUUUCAAGUGUGCUAGAAUUUGCCAACAACGUAUUAAUUAAUGGUAAUGAACGACCAAGAGAAAAGGAUGGAGCUUUAAAAAUGGUCGGAAGUUUAUCCAGUGUUAUAUUAAAAAAGAAUUCAGGGGUUUCACAAAUGAUGGAGUCAUUUCUAGCUGCUCAUGUAUUUAAUGAUUUUCGAUCAGAAUAUCAUUUCCUAAGAGCCAGGGCAUGUGAAAUGGUUGUAAAAUUUGGUAUAAUAAACUUUGAAAAUGAAGCAAAUUUGUCAACUGCUUUUGGAGGUGUUAUUAAUUGUAUAAAAGAUCCAGAAUUGCCUGUUAAAGUACAAGCAUUUAGAAAUGCUAUAAUUCCAAAUAUUGCAGUGAUUAUGCAAGAAAUACUUGAUAUUACAAAUCAAAUUGAUUCAGAUAUUUUGGGUAGUGUUAUGGAGGAUUUGGUUGAGGAAUAUUCAAAUGAAUUGGCCCCAUUUGCAUGCAAUACUUUUCUUCGUAUCAUGCAAGAGUAUCAAGAAUCAGAGGCUGCAGAAAUAGAUAAUAAUUGUGAUGUUGAUGAUUUUGUUGAUAGUUAUGAUAUAAGUGACAAGACAAUUAUAGCGUCAGGUGUCUUAAAAACGGUCAUAACUUUAAUUUUAAGCUUGGAAUCAUCAACUGAUUUAUUACAUCAAUUAGAAAAUGUUUUGUUGCCAAUUAUUUCAUUCACUUUGGAAAAUAAUAUAAUAGAUUUAUAUAGUGAUAUUUUUGAUAUAAUUGAUAGUUGCACAUUUUCUACAAAAACAAUUUCAAAUACGAUGUGGAAUUUAUUUAACUUGAUUUAUAAAACAUUCAAACUUGAUGGAAUUGAUUAUAUUGAAGAAAUGCUUCCAUCAUUAGAUAAUUAUGUGUUAUACGGUAGAGAUGUUUUCAUACAAAAUAAAGAUUUACAAAUGAUAUUUUAUGAUAUGAUUGAAACUAUAUUUAACACUGAUACGAUGGCUGAGAGUGAUAAGAUUUGUGGUUGUAAAUUAGCAGAAGUAUUCAUAUUAAAUUGUAAAGAUUUACUUGAAAAAAAAAAUUUUACUCAACCAUUUUUUAAUUUAUGGUUUGAAAAUAUAAAUCAAUUUAAAAGAGUGCAUGAUAAAAAAUUAGUUAUAUUGACUUUAUGUGGCUUAUUAGAAAUACCAUUAAAUAAAUUACCUUUGGCAUUACAAAACAAUUGUUCAAAUUUAUUUGAUGGAAUAUUAAAUAUUUUUAAAUCAUUACCUAAAGCAGAAGAAUAUGAAGAUGUGAAAAACGAAGAUCAUUCAAAUUCAGAGGCUGAAGAUGGGUAUGAUUAUGAUGAAAGAUUUGACGAGGAAGUACUGUUGGAAUCGCCAUUGGAUAAAAUUGAUGUUUAUGUAAAAUUUCGUCAAACAUUCAUUGAGGAAGAGCGUAAACAAAAUGUUGUACGUUUCUUUAGGGCUAUGGAAAUUUUUAAUCAUAAUCAAAUAAAUGAUUCUCAACGUUUAGCAGUCAAGAAAUGGGAAAUUGAGGCUUUUGAUAAAGCUUCUUCUAAAGAAGAAUACGACCAAGUAAUUGCUGAGAAAUUGAAAAUUUUCACAAAAAAUAUUCAGCAAUUACAACAAUUACGACAACAAAAUUCUACAUCCGUUCAACAACAACAAAAUCAAGCUACUCCUAUGCAACAGCAAAAUAUACUCGCUGUCCAAUAUUUACAACAACAACAAAAAAUUUUAGCUGCUGCUCAACUCCAAUCACAACCGACUCUUGAACAACAAACUGUUCAACUUCAACAAGCAUUUAAACAACAACAAGCACUUAACCAAUUCUUACAACAAACUCAACAAGUGCCAUUAGGUUCUUCUAAUCAAGCUCGUCGUCCACAAAUUACUCAACAACAAUUACUUCAAUAUCAGCAAUUUUUAAAAAUCCAACAACAACGACAACAAAAUUCUCUAUUGCAACAGGCUUCUAUACCAAGAUCACAAAUUACUGCCGCUGAACAAUUACCUAUUCGUCCUCCUCCUCAACUAGGACAUUCUUCACCACAACCAAAUGUUCAUCCUCAACUACAGUAUAAUAAAUCUAAAAAUAACAGUUCACCAGAGGAAUAUGUUAAAAUAGAAGCAUUAAUUAAACAAAAAGAAGAUAUUCAAGAAAUGGUAAAUAAUGCUGCUGCUGGUUCUUCUGGUCAAAAAAAUAAUGCUGCUACAAGUACUGGAAAUGGUAAUAAUGGUGUCGGUAUAGACUUAAAAGAAAUACUCAAAAGAUUAAAAGUACCUGAUAAUACUGAGUCAGAUUCUAAUUCUAAAUCAAUAGCUAACAAUCAAAAAAUCAUACCUACAUCAGCUCAAUUUUCGGCUCAAUCUAUUAUUUCGCAACAACAACAACAGUUGUUUAAUCAAAAAAUUAUUGCAAAUAUGGUUCAUCCACAAUCUCUAAAUCGUCCUAUCAAUAUCAAUAUCAAUACUACACAACCAUCAACAGCAACAAAUAAUGCUAUGCCUCAUCAAAUAUUAAAUGCAAUUUUAAUUCCACAAUUGCAAAGACAAAUCAACCAAAGAAUUGUUCAGCAACUUCAACAGCCAUUAAUAAAUAAUAGCAAUAAUAUCACCAAUAUCAUUAAACCAGAAGAAUCUAGAAUUGCUCUUGAUGCCAUUAAAGAUCUUGAUGUCAAGGCUCGUGAAAAGAGAAUACAAUACCGUGAAAUUACUAACCUUACUGAUGAUGAGAAAAAAAAAGUUCGUGAAAAAUUGGAUUUAUUAAAACCAAUGUUCAAUAAAGUUGACGAAGUACUUCCUUACUUUUACCACUAUACUAAAUCUCAUUCAAGCACAGAAAAGCUUCUAACCAUGAAAUACAUGAUCGAUGACCAAUUAAAAGCGUUACCUGGCAAAUAUUUGCUUUCAUUGAAACAAGUAGAUGAGUUGUUGAUACAAUUUAGCAAAUACUUUGUAUUUGUUGAAGCUGAAAGAAAAGGAAUCAACGGAGGAUCGAAUAAUUUUUUUGCUACCAAUGUUCAAAGCCAAGCCAUGCCCUCUAUAUCCAAGAAAACCAUAUCACUGACUCUUCCAACUCCAAAGCACUCUACUGAUAACGCUAAUGUUAGUAACAGGAAGCAUAAACUUGAAAGUGGACAACAAGAAGGUCAAUCUUCUGACUCAACUGACAAUUCAAAUAAAAAAAGAAUGUUUGAAAUUAACAAUAGUGAUAAUAUGGACUUUGAAUACAAUAACCCACCUAAAGAUUACGAUAAGGAGGCAUCAUUUGAAGAUAUCAAAGAAACAAUAGAAAAUUUGAUGACAGUAAUGAAAAGUAUUGUAAAGACUGAGCCAGUUGAAGAAAGUGAUAAAAGUCUUCUUCCAUGUAGUACAUAUUUGGCAAGUGAUCUUUCUUGUAUUAGCAAUGCCUUGUCAAAAUCUGCUUGA